AUGCCCUAUAUUCCAAUGACUAUGUUGGGAGCCAAGGCGGAGGUGCACCUGUCUGUGCAUGACCAUUUUCUGGACUAUCCUCGACCAUCUUUACCCAAUACUAAAGUCAUUGGCGGGAUAGCGGCUUCGCCAGCAAAACCUCUGUCUGCGGAUCUUCAGGAAUUCAUGGACAACGCUAAGGACGGUGUCGUCAUUGUAUCCUUCGGCUCUCUCGUUCUCGACUUGCCCGAGGCCGCAGUCAGCAAAUUGCUGUCGGCUCUGGAAAGCGUGCCAAUGAAAGCUGUGUUUCGUGCCAACAGGACAUCACCAGACCCAGGGAGAAUUCUGAUCAUGCCUUGGAUACCACAAAAUGACCUCCUGGCUCACCGCGCCAAACUCCAAGGUCUUGGUGACCCACGUGGAGCCAGCAGCCAGGCCCAAGCGUUGUAUCACGCUGGUGCAAUGCUCUGCAUCCCGUUGUUUUACGACAGUUCUACAACGCCGAGAGAGUUCGAGACAGAAAGGCUUCGGGCUGAACACUGGACCUGCGCACUGCGAAAGUGUCGAGCAUUGUCAGCGCCUAAUGACUUUGUGGAAAAGCUCGGCCUACCGCGACGCCAUCGCCGCGCGUCUCACUCUUCCGCCGAUCAGAUGGGUGUGCGGCAGAACGAGGGCCUACUGGCUUGA